AUGCGGAUUCAUCCACGGGUGGCGCUCUUCAUCUGGAAGGUGGCUUGGGGCUGCCUUCCUACCAGGAGUGUGCUAGUCAGGCGGGGCAUGAGGGUCCCUCAGGGGUGUGAGGUGUGUCCGGAUACCGAGAAGACCAUUCGGCAUGUGCUUCUGCAGUGCCCUAGGGCUAGAGAGAUAUGGAGGUCGUCUCCUGCUCCUAUCCCCCACUCCGUAGAGACGACACAGGAUCUGAUACACUUGCUGCGGGCCACGGUGCGGAGCCCUAGGCUUGCGGAGGAGGGGAUUCUUAGGGCAUACCUGGCUUACCACAUCUGGUUGGACCGGAAUGCUCGACUGUUCGAGGGCAGGAGGCUCUCGGCGAGGAUGGUGGUAGAGAGAGCUGUGCUUCAGGCCGAGGAGGUCUUUUCUUGUACUGUCGUGUUUUCACUUGGGAUGACUAGGGACAUCUGGGGUACCCGCAGUGCUGUUUUAGCUCCCAGGUUUGCCGUUGUUUAUUGGAUACCCCCACCCCUUGGUUAUCUUAAAGUGAAUUUUGAUGGCAGCGUGGUGACUGACAGGAGGUCGGGAGGGGUUGGAUUUGUUAUCCGAGACCAUUUUGGGAGUUUGGUGGCAGCGGGAGGCCGGGGCUCGACUGGUCUCACGGUUGCUGGGGCAGAGCUGUGGGCAGCUUGGGCAGGCAUAUCCUAUGCGAGGCAGGUGCUCGGGGCCGGCCGGGUGUACCUUGAGGGGGAUUCCUCCAUAGUCAUAGAUUGGAUCCGGGGUGCUGAUAGGUAUGGAGAUGGAUCCGCUCAUUCGGGAGACUCGCAGAUUGGCGAUGGAGAUGUACGAGUUUCAGGCCGUACACAUUUUCCGGGAGGCGAAUAG